UCCUCCGUCCUCAUCCUCUUCCCAAAUCCCAAGGCUAUAUUGCAAUGUCCGGGGAUCCUUUGGUUUUGGGUCACGUAGUGGGGGAUGUGCUGGACCCGUUCGUCAAGUCCGUGUCCCUGAAAAUAUUCUACAACAACAGGCAGGUGCUGAACGGCGCCGAGCUAAAACCCUCUGCCGUCGUUAACAAACCCAGGGUCGAGGUUGGAGGAGACGAGCUCCGGGUAUUUUACACGCUUAUAAUGGUGGAUCCAGAUGCCCCAAAUCCAAGCAAUCCGACGUCAAGAGAGCACUUGCACUGGAUGGUUACGGACAUCCCCGGGACAACUGAUUCCACUUUCGGCCGGGAGCUCAUAGGUUAUGAAAGCCCAAGACCGGUGUCAGGGAUCCACCGGAUUGUGUUCGUUCUAUUCCAACAGUUAGGCAGAGAAAGUGUGUUUGCUCCCGCGACGCGGCAAAACUUCAACACCAGGAGCUUUGCAGGGGAACACUAUCUGGGGCCACCGGUUGCUGCUGUCUACUAUAAUUGCCAGAGGGAAUCUGGCUCCGGCGGUAGAAGAUUCAGAUGAGAAUAAUGAUGUCAUGGAGCCAUGUUAUAGAUUAGUUAACUAAAAAUCCUGCCGUCUAUGUAUUGGAUGCAACCUAUCAAGCAAACAUCAAAUAAAUAUCCCGAGCUAGUGUAUCUGGCUGCUUAUUUAAGCGUCAAGGCCCAAACAGAACCUGGAGUAUGCUGCAUCGAAGUGGAAAAAAAAAAAAAAAAUCCAAUUCAAGAAAAAAGAAAUGAAAACUGAGUAAUUCAAAACUUGGUUGUGGCGGCACAUAAAAGUUGUCCGCGAAAAAAGUAUAAGCUGAAAUAGGGCGAAAUAUCCAGAAUCACCCAAAAAAAAUUCACAAGAUUAGCUGACGCAUGCUCUAAUAGCAUAAAUUAGGCAUGCUGAAUUGAGGCGAAUCUAGCAGACCAACAUCCAAGAUGGAUUCCAGAAAAUAUACAAUCAAUAAACCAUCAAGCCAAGUAGCUUGGCUGUCUGAUGCGAUGGAUCGAAAGGCAAAUUUCACAUAAUAAACACAUAAUUGCAAAUGACACUGCCAACAAAAUGAAUGAGCACCUCCUUGAACUAGA